ACUAGAAUCCAAUCCCUUUAGAGCCCGUCUUCGCCGAACAAACCCAAUCACCGGAGCAAAAAGAGAAACUCACCGGUCAUGCCGACGACCUCAUCUUCACGUUCCAUCGGGAAAAGGAACUCUCUUCCUAGAAUCGGCGAGAACUUCCCGGAAAGAGCAAUCCUCGCCGCCGUAAAAGAGCAAUCAUGUCCGAUAUGCCUUGAAAACCUAACCCACCGACGCGCCGCCGUGAUCCCGUCGUGCAGGCACGGGUACUGCCUCGGUUGCAUCCGCAAGUGGAGCGGCCUCAAGAGAAGCUGCCCUCUCUGCAACGCCCGUUUCGACUCCUGGCUCGUCGUCAACGAUCUCGCUUCUAGAAGAUUCCGCGAGGAGCGCUUACCGCCUCUCCGUGAUCGCGAGACAGUGACUUAUCAUCGUCGGAGGUCAAUGGAUGUGUUGGAGAGCUCUAGCUCGAGAAGGUCAAGGCCAUUGCCGUGGAGGAGAUCUUUUGGACGCCCUGGUUCGGUUCCUGAUCAUGUUAUCUUGGAGAGGAAGCUUCGCUGGCGAGCUAGCAUAUACGAUAGACAACUACGAGCUGUUCGCUUGCAUUCUAGGCCAAGCUUGCUACUGGUGAAUGAUGAUCACACUAAGGCGAGGAUAAUUGAAAGAAUCGAACCGUGGUUGAGAAGAGAGGUUCAGGCAGUCCUUGGAGAUCCUGAUCCUUCAAUCAUUGUUCAUUUUGCAUCGGCCCUUUUCAUCAAAAGGCUUGAGAGAGAGAACAAUGGACAAUCAGGGCAGGUGGGAGGGAUAGUAAUGGAAGACCAAGUCUCCUCCUCUCUUGGAAUAUUCUUGGGUGAUAAGGAGGAUAUCUUUUGGCAUGAACUGAGAUGUUUUGCUGAGAGUAGCCUCACGAUGGAAACAUAUGAUGCAGUAGUUGAAUACAUUGAGGUGGAGUAAUAAUGGCAAUAAACAAAAAGAUAAACCAAGGAUUACGCUCUGUGCCAUAUGAAGUAUAUAUAUAGAGCAAGACUAAUGAUGAGACUGUUGGUGUCUUGGAAGUUGAAUUCCUGCAAGUAAGGUCGCCAAGAGAUAUAGAGUAGGUAGGAAGGAAGAUGUUGAGAUGAUGCAAGUUUAGGUGUGUGUGUUCUCUUCUUUAGCUGUUGGGUGGAUUCUCAAAUAGAUGACUGACACUUCAGUUUCUACUACGCCAACUUCUCACCCUCCCAAGAGUUCUUAAAAAUAGUCCAACGAUUUUCCUCACCUCAUCAAUGUUUCUUAGGAUUCAAGGACCACCUGUUUCAACUACAUUAAUUAAAAGGUAACUCUUUUUUUGAGUAGUAUUGACUAUCAACAAUUUUGUGUACUAAUGGUGUCAUUGUAUCAGUUUUUCUACUUGUUAUCGAAACUAUAACGCAUGUAUGUUAUGACCCUGUCCCGUGUGGGGAAAGCUUAUUUGAAAUAGAAUAAAAACGGAGAUUUCAUUAA